AUGCUUCGCCUCCGAUGCCGCAGCGGUCAAUUGGCCCGGCCAUUGCGGCGUGCAAGAGCCUGUGUGUCGGCCGUAGCCGUGGUGCAAAACACAAGGCUCCUGUCCACAACCCAUCACCUCCUCGCCACAGACCAGAGCAAUAGCAAACAUGACCCCGGCGCCCAGAAACAACGAGAACAGGAGCGAAUCAGUCAGACAAACAAUGAGGCUCAAAAGAAGUGGCCUUCAUUCUUCACCCCCGAAACGGUAGGAGAGCCUGGGGAGAUGCCGGCGUCGUCGGGAAAUGGUGGCCAAGUCGAGACACCGAGUCAAAGCAGCGGAGGGAUCUGGACAUCGCUUCGGUCUCGGAUGGAAGAUACCAAAGAAACUCAAGAAACUAUAGGCACUGCCGCCACGGCGUCAAAAGAGGGCGGCAACGACACCAACAUCCCCGUUGACGAGACCUCACAAUCGGCAACACCAAAGCCGCCCGCCGCGGCACCGAAAAAGGGCAAAAAGGACAACAAGACCAACAAGGACACAAGCAGUACGAGAGGCGGCGAAUCAUCACAGUCGGCACCACCAAAGAAACCCGCCGCCAAGUCUAAACGGUCCAAAGGCAAAACUCCGCUGAACGUCAAGGCCAUUCGGCCGGCCAAGUUGAAGCUGAAGCCAGUGGAGGGACCCUCUGCGCAGCAAACACCACCGCAAUUGUGCUACAACCUGGACAGGGUUCUCUUCAACCCGGGGGUAUACCACAUGCAGGAUCAUAGGUCAGGGGUAUUCAAUUUCGACCCGUACCUGGCGUCCAUCAUGCCAGUCGAGGAAUUUGAUUUCAACACACUAAAGGAAUAUACCACCUCGUCCAAAGAUGGCAAAUUGCGAGAGCUGUGUGCCUCGCACGGCCUCAAGUACUGCGGCUCAACGUCCAGCAUGACGGCCAUAUUAUCGCACUUUCACUUUCUCCUUUCGGGCUGGCGGCCGCCAACGUUGGACACCCUUUCCAAGUCACUAAAACCCGACUCGCUCAAUUUCACCGCUCUGAGCCGGGGGCCGGCCGCCGCAUUCGCACACUUCAAAGACGGAGUGUAUGCCAUUGAUGCAGACAAGGAGUACGACACGGAAAAUAUUCUCAGCAUGCUGGGCAAGUCCAUGGAGAAGCUCUUGACCCUGCCCAAGGAAGAGUUUGAAAAGUACUCGCGGUCAAAAUCCCACGAACUGUCCGAGGAGGAAAAGAAUGCAGAGGAGGCCUAUCACUUUACCACGCUGGGCGACUUCAUGAUGCGAUCGCAGCUCGACGCGCACGACCCGCGGCUGCCGGGCUCGGGAGUGUUUGAUUUAAAGACCAGGGCGGUGGUCUCGAUUCGCAUGGACGUCGAGGGCUACAAAAAAGGAAGGGGGUACGAGAUUCGCCAGCGGUUCGGCCAGUGGGAGUCGUUUGAACGGGAAUACUACGACAUGAUCCGGGCGGCGUUUCUCAAAUACUCGCUGCAGGUCCGCAUGGGCCGCAUGGAUGGUAUUUUUGUCGCGUUCCACAACACACAGAGGAUAUUUGGAUUCCAAUACAUUAGCCUGGCGGAAAUGGACUAUGCCAUUCACGGGACACCCUAUCCAUGGCUGGGCGAUUUGGAGUUCAAGUGCAGCGUCUCGCUGCUAAACGAUCUUCUGAACCGAGCAACCAAGCGGUUCCCCGGGCGGACGCUGCGGCUGCACGUCGAGACCCGGCCGACAAAGGUGCCUCUGACGUACUUUUUCGUCGAGCCAGUGACGGAAGAGGAAAUGAAGCGCACGCAGGAGGCCAGCAAGCCAUCGGUGGAGCAGCUAGAGCGCGAGAUCCAGAAUCUCAGCCGAGAAGAACGCGAAGCCGAGUCCCAGGCCGAGUCCGUGGCGGACAUCGAGGCUUCCUCUCAGGGAGAAGCGGCCAAGGGCGAAGAGCCGGACAAGGGUGCAGACGAAGCACCUACAAACGAUCCCCAAAGCCAAGAUGCUUGGGACGAGAUGAUGGCCAAGGUCGACGACGCCGUCGAGAACGAGUCCAUGGGGGUUCGGUCCAUACGCGAGGCGGUCCAGGAAGCCCUCGAACACAGCGGCCUGCUGCAAGACAAGACCGAGCUGGAGAGCGAAAAGUACCUCGACGACUUGGUCUCCGCACUCACCGCACACUCGUCGAAACAACCCCCGACGCCAAACGAGGAGGAAGCCGCUGCACCAGGACAGCCUGCGGACGGCGCAUCUGAUUCUGACAGCACCACGCUGGCCAAUCUCAUAGUUAGGGUUACAGAGGGCAUCAACGAAAAGAGUCCAAACCUCAGACCGUUUGAGCGCAAGGUGGCCGAGUUGGCCAAGCAAGUCAAAAAGUCGGAAUCGGCUCCAGUCGACGAGGCUGUGGCAACAACCGAGGCGGAUGUCGACGCCGACGCAGACACCAAGACCAAGACCAAGACCAAACCGCAAGACACCGCGCCAGGGGAGCCGAAACCGGAGCUCUUGGGCAUGUACGUCAGCAUCCGCAACAGGGUCAACGGCGAGUUCGUCGAACGGCCGUCUGGUUCGGAAAGGAAAAUGGACUGGGUUGUGCAAUACACAAUCACCGAACUGCCAGACGGGCGCGCGCAAAGCAUCUACUCCCAAGUGAAGAAGCGCAGAAAAGACGUGCUCGAGAAGAACCCCCGCGCCCGUUCCGCCGACUGGUACCGCAUGCACCAGGGAAAGCUGUCAAUGCUAAGCAAGAGGGGAGUCAAGUAUCGCGCGAAGCGAACCCAACAGGAGGCCGGGAGUCCGGUGUAUGUGGCAUGGGACCGUGAUCCACUGCCGCCGAACAACACGGAGAACAGUUGA